UGAGCAUGCGCAAAAACACACAUGCUCAGAAGCUCUCGAAGAGGAAGUGCGAGUGGUCGGGGGAGUCGCUUGUAGGGAUGUGCCCCGGUUUUAUUACCAGACCUGCCGCGCCUGUCCUGGGUUGCAUCCGUCCGUCUCACUUCCCCGUGUUAUGCAAACAGGGACAUCAUCAGCACCUCGUUUCCUUCUUCAUCACACCAGUUAUGUCUUCACUGGUCACAGACCCAAAAACUCUCGCUCAUCUUGGUGGCUUUUGAACAACACCCUCUUUUCAGCUGUGCUGCUUAGCAGGAGAUUCAAAAACAACGGGAAUGAAACAUGGCUGAGGACCCUCAGAGAAAUUUCCGAUCAGUGUACUAUGAGAAAGUAGGAUUUCGUGGUGUUGAAGAAAAAAAGUCAUUAGAAAUCCUUCUGAAGGAUGAUCGGCUGGAUAUUGAAAAGCUUUGCACGUUUAGUCAAAGGUUCCCUCUCCCAUCCAUGUAUAGGACCCUGGUGUGGAAGGUGCUUCUAGGCAUUCUUCCUCCACACCAUGAAUCUCAUGCCUUUGUGAUGAAUUACCGGAAGGAGCAGUAUAAGGAUGUGCACCAUGCUCUCCGAGUCAUUCGCUUUGUCAACGAUUCUACCCCUCAAGUGGAAGUUUUCCUUCGGAUCUAUCAGCUGGAGUCAGGAAAGCUGCCUCGAAAUCCAUCUUCCCCUCUGGAACCUGAAGAUGAGAUAUUCCUUGCUAUUGCUAAAGCUAUGGAGGAAAUGGUGGAAGACAGCAUUGACUGUUAUUGGCUCGUCAGUAGUUUUGUGAACCAGUUAAACAACAAGUACAAAGAUUCCUUGCCACAGUUGCCAAGACUUUUGGAACAGUACCUGAGCAUUGAAGACAGCAGACUCCUGGCACACCUAAGAUCAUGUUCAGCAAUGGGCCAGCUUCCCCACAGCCUUUGGUUUAGAAGGUGUUUUGCUGGUUGUCUACCUGAAUCCAGCUUACAAAGGGUUUGGGACAAAGUUAUUAGUGGCUCUUGCAAAAUUCUUGUCUUCGUUGCUGUUGAGAUCUUAUUAACCUUUAAAAUGAAGUUGCUGGCCCUGAAUAGUGCAGAAAAAAUUGAACAGUUUUUGGAAAAUAUCCCUCAAGAUAACACGGAUGCGAUUGUGAGCAAAGCUAUUGAACUGUGGCACAAACAUUGUGGGAUGCCAGCUCACUCAAUCUGAGACUGAACUCCACCUGGAAUUUUAGAUUUUUUUUAAUUUUUAUUUUUAUUCUUUCCCCCAUCUCUCCUGAUCUCAAAGUAUCCAAUUAAAAUUAUUAAAAUACUGGGGACACAGUGGUGGUAAUUGAUUGAGUUGUUUUUUUUAAAUUUCCAAAGUGCUCAAAGUGCAUAAAUGCAUAUAGAAGGUAAUGAUUUUAAUUCACUUGAAUGUUUGUGAUUCUGUAUUUUCUAUUAAAUCUAUUUGCAUUGGUUGG